UGGUCAAACUGAUGGCUGAUCAAAGGGAACAGUGUUCAAACCCUGACGAAGACGAAGUAGUAGAUGUUCUGUAUGACGUAACCAGUAGAAGAAGCACCGUACCUAAUAGGGUGGCAAACGUUGAAGCAGAAAUUCUUCAACAAAGACAAGAUCUUGCAGAAAAUGUCAAAGUAUUGCCUGGUUUGGAUAUCAAGAAAGUUGCCACCAAGUAUCCCCUAAAGAAGACUGUACCUGCAGUGAAAGAAUCUUCUGACAAAAGGGACCAGGAUAUGAUGGCUCGUACAAAAUUACUUUGUGAAACGGCGGAUGCAUUAAAAUCUGCACUAGCACAAGCUAAGAGAGAAAAAGAAAAUAAAGAAAAAAAUUAAAUAAUAAUUGUUAUUUUGGAGCACAAUUGGUACGGUACAGUAUUUAAUAGGCAUUUAUUACUAUGUGAAAUGUGGUUUGUUUCCUUCUGAAAUUGUUUUACAUUUUUAUGACUUGUUGACAUUCCUUGCUUUUCCCAAGCUUGUGAUGAAAUUAGAUACAUAGGGAAUUUGUUAUUAAACAAUACAAAGUACAUUUUAAGAUAUUUAACUUUCGUAAACAAGUAUGUUUGGUACAUAACUUUUACUUCAUUGUGUUUAGUGUAGCUUUUUAGGUUAUCAAUAGGCCUGCUAAAAAAAAUUUUUAUUAAUAUCCUGUAGGUUUCAAAUCUGUGUCCUUGCAUUUGUUGUAAGUACUCAUAUCAUGGGUACAGGUUAGUUUAUUACCUAUUGGUUACAUUUUAAGGUUUCCAUAAAGUACAGUUUUCUUAUUUUAUUUAAAUACUCAAGUUAAAUGUAACUUUUCUACCUAUUGUUGUUUAAUAAAUAAGUUACCUAAUGUAUUUUUUUGAACAAAGUUGUUUCUAGUGUUUCCUAUGUUAGGUUUGUCAAUAAAAUGUUGUUUUAAA